AUGUCCGCGUCGGUGGUGCUGAGUAGCCUUCCGCGGGAUGCCCAUCGAGCGCUGGCCGAUGCUGAGGCUGUUGAUACAGGAAAGGUCACAGUUCGUUUUCAGCCUCUUCCUUCCGCGCCUAUUCUGAAAAAUCGCGUGUUCAAGAUCAGUGCGUCUCAGAAAUUCGAGACAGUCGUCAAAUUCCUCAGGAAAAAACUAGAUUGCAAAGAUACGGAUUCCGUCUUCUGCUAUGUCAACAGCGUCUUUGCCCCUGGGCUAGAUGAAGGCGUUGGUGGUCUUUGGAGAUGUUUCAAGGUUGAUGAUCAACUGAUCGUUUCCUAUUCCAUGACACCAGCCUUUGGCUAA